AUGAAGUAUUCGGCUUUCUGCAUUCUCGUGCUGACGAUCAGCGAGCCUCUACUCGUCCAGUCCGCCAACAGGGUGUUGCUGAUGAUUCCACAGCAAACCAGGCGCAUGGGACCACCGUCGUGGCAAUCUUCUCUACCACGUUCCAGAAAAUCGUACGCCAGCGAAGUUCAUUAUCACAAGUAUCGUGGUCUUCCAGUACACUAUCAUUCGAAGAAAUCUGUGUAUGGAAGUUCACCGUUUCCUCAUGGAGGAGACGACUUCGAUCAAGGCUACGAACAUGUGAACCACGUGAAUAUUCCUUAUGGCAAGGGCAUCAGUCAUGCAGUUUCGUACGGAAAGGGUUACAUCCCUUACGAUCAGAUUAAGGGUAGCGUCUCGUUUGGUCGUGAAAGGAAUCCAAGCUCCCAAGAGCACAAGUACACGUCGGAAUCGGAGUAUUCGUCGCCACCGUUCUCCUCAUCCGACGCCCAGUAUUCACCUUCGUCGUACGAGUCUCCGCAGUCGCAGACCUUCUUCCCGGAUGCAGAGACAGCCUUGAACUACAACGAGAGGCAAAGUGACCGCAAGAGACUCUACUCUUCGAGAUCCAUAGAGAAGGACCUCGUUACGAACAAUCCGAUCGACCUCGGCGCCGCCACGAACAAGGAUCAGAUACUCCUGCUCCAGCAGAAGGCUACCGAUCUCUACAAGAACAUCGUUUCUCAGCCGCAAGGUGGCGUCCUGUUACCAGCUGGCGUUCCAUCGGCCACUAUCGGUGGCAGCAAAGAGGGAAUCGUGUUGAGAGAUACGAUAGCUUUAGGCGAAUAUCAACAAAAGCUCCAAGAGAUGACCAAAUCCUGGCCACAGUUUUUAUCUAACGCGGCUACAACUUUGGGAAACAGUUAUCAAAACCAACAGGUUAGCGCGAGUUACUCGACGGGUGGCUCUACAACUCCUGGUUUUGGUGGCUGGUCAGUGAAUUUUGCUCAGCCGAAGCAAGGUUACGACGUUAAAGAGGACACUAUGGAACCGCCAGUUGAUUUUAGGAAUAUGCCUAUUCAGAGUUCUCCUUAUCAUACGUUCCCUGUUCCGAUGAACGUGGUGCUUCCGGCGCCCACGCAAGCGGUUCAUGGUUAG